GCACUGGACUGAAAGCGGAAAGCUGGCGGCAAGUUUAGCAGGCUGAUCAGACUCAUGUCCAGUGUUCAGUGAGUGGUGCAGGUCUGCGGUAACGUUGACAACUUAGCACUGCGGCCAAAGCAUUCAGUAUUAUCUGGUAACUUCACCACUUAAGUGUUUGACAAUUAAGCUGGAGCUACGAAGCCUUUGACGUGUGUGCGUAACUUUUAGUUAGUUAAUGCAGCUGCUGGUUUGAGCUCAGAGACUCACGAUGACGUCACUCACUCUGGACGGAGUCACUGUGAAGUUCCCUUUCCCUCCAUAUGACUGUCAGAAGGACUACAUGAGCAAAGUGAUUGAGUGUCUGCAGAAGAAGGUGAAUGGGGUUCUGGAGAGUCCCACAGGCACCGGUAAAACUCUGUGCCUUCUGUGUGCCACCCUGGCCUGGAGAGAGAACUUCAAGGACACGAUCUCUGCCCGCAAAAUAACAGAGAGGCUAGGCGGGGAGGAGAUGUUCCCAAACACACCCCUGUCAUCUUGGGGGACGGCUGCUACAGACGGGGACACGCCAACCUACUACACCGAUGUUCCCAAGAUCAUAUACGCAUCCAGGACACACACUCAGCUGGCACAGGUUAUCAGUGAGUUAAAGAACACUUCAUACAGGCCAAAGGUUUGUGUGCUGGGAUCAAGAGAGCAGCUGUGUAUCAACCCUGAAGUGAUGCGUCAGGAGAGUCACCACGUCAAGAUCCAUAUGUGCAGAUCAAAAGUGUCCACCAGGUCAUGUGUCUUCUACAAUAACUUUGAAGAGAAGAGCACUGACAAAGACUUGGUGAAUUCUAUCCAUGACGUGGAAGACUUGGUCAAAUUCGGCAACAAACAUAGGGCGUGUCCUUACUACAUCUCCCGUUCCUUGAAGCAGCAAGCAGAUAUCAUUUUUAUGCCGUACAACUACCUGCUGGAUCCGAAGAGCCGCAGAGCGCACAAUAUCGAGCUUAACGGAGCUGUGGUCAUCUUUGAUGAAGCUCACAAUGUGGAGAAGACAUGUGAAGAAUCCACAUCAUUUGACCUGUCUCCCUAUGAUGUAACCUCAGCCAUUAAUGCUGUGGACAAGCUGCUGGUGGAGCAGGCUAGAGAAGCCAGCCAUGGAGACUCUGUCACUGAAGACUUCAAUGUAGCAUCCCUCAACACUGGUUUAAAAAUAGAUCUAGAGACCAUCGCUAAAAUCAAACAGAUACUUCUGGAUCUGGAAGCUGCCAUUGAUUCCUAUGAAGUUCCGAGUGAAAAAGGCAUCACAAAACCUGGAAUCUUCAUCUAUGAGCUGUUGGAGAGAGCCCACCUGACCUACAAAAGCAAGACGGCUGUGUUUGAAGCUCUGGAGCAGAUCACUGGACACUUAUCAGGACAGCCAGGAAUAUUCCAGAACACAGGUGGACUGCAGAAGCUGGCUAAUAUCAUACAGCUGGUGUUCUGUGGUGAACCAACAGAAGAGGACAAACAAAAGCUGAUGGAGUCCAACACGGCUCAUUUUAAGGUUCAUAUCCAUCGAGACACCAGUUAUCAAAAGAAAACACAGAGCACUGAUGUGUGGGCUUCAUCUUCAUCAAAGAAACAAGGCAACAUUCUGAGUUACUGGUGCUUCUCUCCUGGCUACAGCAUGCAGGAUCUGGUGAAUCAAGGUGUUCGCUGCAUCAUUCUGACCAGUGGUACCCUCUCUCCCCUGUCCUCAUUCACCUCUGAGAUGAGGAUCAAAUUCCCAGUGAGCCUGGAGAACGGCCACGUGAUUGAGCGGGACCAGAUCUUCGUCGGCAUCAUUGAGCGAGGCCCAGACGGGGUGCAGUUAAGUUCAGCAUUUGAUAGAAGGUUUGUUCCAGAAAACAUGGCAUCUUUAGGCAACACUGUUGCCAACCUGAGCCGUGUGGUUCCCCAUGGUCUUUUAGUGUUUUUUCCCUCCUUCCCUUUAAUGGGAAAAACCCUGGACUUCUGGAGAGCUAACGGACAUGCAGAUCGCAUUGAGAACGUGAAGCCCAUGUUUGUUGAACCUAAAGGAAAGGGAACCUUUACUGAGAUCAUUGACGGAUAUUACAACAAAGUCAAUGAUCCAGCAUCCAAAGGGGGGUCCUUCUUUGCUGUGUGUCGAGGAAAGGCUAGCGAGGGACUGGAUUUUGCAGACACCUUUGGUCGGGGUGUCAUCAUCACUGGCCUUCCUUUCCCUCCAAAGAUGGACCCUCGAGUCAUCCUGAAGAUGCAGUUCUUGGAUGAGAUGUGUCGAAAGAAAACUCCUGGGAUGAAGUACCUGUCUGGGCAGGAAUGGUACAAACAGCAGGCUUUCAGAGCUGUGAACCAGGCCAUCGGUAGAGUCAUUCGCCACAAGGAGGACUAUGGAGCCAUCUUGCUGUGUGAUCAGAGGUUUAGAAGCUCUGAUGCCAGGGCUCAGCUUCCAUCAUGGGUCAGGCCUUAUGUGCAUCUGUAUGGCAGCUUUGGGAAUGUAAUCCGUGACCUCUCUCAGUUCUUCAGGGUUGCACAGAAAUUGAGGCCUGUGGUAGAGAAGAAGGCUGCAGCAGAGAGCUGUGGGACAGUGUGUUUACCAGACACUCAGUCCUCUGCCAUCACUUCCUGCUCAUCCUCCCAAAGCUCCCAUACCCAGAAGGCCAAGGUGCUGGACGCCCACCUCCCCAGCCUGAAGAGGAGGAGACUCAAUGAACACGCUGGAGCCAAUGGGAUGGCCAAGAUCUGUAUUGAGUAUGAGUGUGAGGUGCAAGAGAGUCAGAGGAGACCCGCCAACCUGCUGGAUGCUCUGGAGCGAGGGGACCAUUGCAGUGGAGAGGACGAUGACGCCGUUGUGGGAGAAGAGAAGGCAAACCAUUUGUCCACACUGUCUCUUCAAUGUGACAAGAGGAUGGAUGAUGAAUUGCGGGGAGGAAAACGGAAAAUCAAAUUGGUCCUAGAACAGAAAUCGCGGUUGCCGGAGGAGGUCUCUGGGGAAGGAACAUCCAGCAGAGUUAAGAAUAUCCUGGCGGAGAUGAAGAAGUCACUGAGUCGGUGCAACUUUGACCGCAUCAUACAGGCUCUGCAGACCUACAAGAAGGCUGACAACCUGGACGUCCUGCUGACUGAGACAGCUGUCUUAACUGAGGACACUAAUACUCACAGUCUGCUCCGGGGCCUCUACCAGUUUAUUCGCCCACAUCAUAAAAUGAGGUUUGAUGAGAAAUGCCAGGAGCUGACUGGGCGGGGCUGCGGAUACAAACCUAAUCACUCACUGUCUGCCGACGAGAAGAAAGCACUGAUGCUCCAGAGCGCUACAGCCAGUCUGCCUGCUGUGGGUCUAACCUCCUCCAGUUGGACGUCUACCUGCAGUCAGCUAAAUACACAGCAGCUCAACAAAGGAGGACAGCACCUAAACCAGCAAGGAAUAAGAGAACCUCAGACUGCUACAGCCAGUCAGCCUGCUGGGGGUCUAACCUCUACCUGCCAGCUGAAUACGCAGCAGCUCAACAAAGGAGGACAGCACCUAAACCAGCAAGGAUUAAGAGAGCCUCAGACUGGUUCUGCUUCAAAGAGAGACGUCCCCGCCACCUUUCUGGCUGAUGUGAAAAAAGCCGUCGGAGCGGAAAAGUCAGCUCAGCUCUUUCAGGCCAUCCAGAGCUACAAGAAGACAGACCGUUAUGAAGACCUGGUGACCACAGUGGUGAGCUUAUUCACAGAGAGAGAUGAGGACUUCAACCUUCUAAUCAGAUUCGGCAUGUUUAUUCCUCCUCGCCAUAAAAAGCAGUACAGAGAGAUGGUGGAUGCCUUGAUAGGUCAGUCCGUCCCCGCUGCUGAUGUUCCCGCUGUGAGUGAAGACCAACAAACACACGCUUCAUCAUCACCGUCUUUGAAGGCACAAAGCAAGAUUUCCAGUUUUUUCUCAAGCAGCCAAAGAAAGUAGAGUCUGAGUUCCAAGAAUAUUGUGUAUGUGAUUCAAACAGCCCAUAACUGUUACUGCUGACACAACUACUCAAGCUCUGUUCUGGGCAGUAAUCUGGCGGUGGAUUUUUAAUGUAGCUGUAAAUGAGGUGCACAGACUAUUCACAAUUCAAUUGUUCUUUAUUAUAUUAAUGUAAUGUAAUAUAGAGAAAUAUUGUAAUGUUUAUAUUAUGUUUUUAUAUUUAUUCAGCUAAUUAAAUUCAUGAAAGUA